GUAGUAGAUGGCACGAAAUGUGAUCAUCGUAAGAACGAUAUUUGUGUGGAAGGGAUUUGUUUGCCAGUCGGAUGUGAUAAAAAACUCGGAUCCGCAAAAAAAGACGACAAGUGCGGUAUCUGUGGCGGCGAUGGAACAACAUGUAAAACCGUCGAGGGAUUUUUUGACGAACGUAAUUUAACACCUGGUUAUCACAAUAUCAUUCGCCUACCGGUUGGUGCAACAUCGAUUCGAGUGGAAGAAAUACGGCCUACAACUAAUUCACUCGCAAUUAAAAAUGCAUCGAACUAUUAUUUCCUCAAUGGGAACUAUCAAAUUGAAUUGACGGAUAAGGACCUGGAUAUUGGUGGCACUUUGUUUGAAUAUGACACGCGCAAAAGUUUGGAUCAUCCAUUUGAGAAGCUUACGGCUAAAGGACCAACGACUGAGGAACUGAUUAUUGCACUGCUCUUUCAACGAGGAAAUAGGGACAGUGCCAUAAAGUAUGAAUUUUCGGUGCCGCUGGAGCGGGAUAUUCCGUAUAUGUAUCUGCCAGGAACAUGGUCCACGAGUUCAUAUCCGGACGCCGUAUUGUAUUAA